AUGGCGAAUCAGGGCCCGUAUAAUUAUUCAUAUAUUUUUAAAUAUAUUAUUAUUGGUGAUAUGGGUGUUGGUAAAAGUUGUCUACUCCAUCAAUUUACAGAGAAAAAGUUUAUGGCUGAUUGUCCACAUACAAUAGGUGUUGAAUUUGGUACACGUAUAAUUGAAGUUAAUGGACAAAAAAUUAAAUUACAAAUCUGGGAUACCGCUGGUCAAGAGCGUUUUCGUGCUGUAACACGAUCAUACUACCGUGGAGCAGCCGGCGCUUUAAUGGUUUAUGAUAUAACUCGACGUGCCACUUAUAAUCAUUUGAGUGGAUGGUUGACUGACGCAAGAAGUUUGACUAAUCCAAAUACAGUUAUUUUUCUUAUAGGUAAUAAAGGUGACUUAGAUGGUCAACGUGAAGUAACUUAUGACGAAGCAAAAAGAUUUGCGGACGAAAAUGAUUUACUAUUUCUUGAAACAUCAGCUAAGACAGGCGAUCAUGUUGAAGAUGCAUUUAUUGAAACAGCAAGAAAAAUUUAUCAAAAUAUACAAGAUGGUUCACUUGAUUUAAAUGCAGCUGAAUCAGGUGUACAACCUAAACCACAAACAUCAACACGUACAGCAAAUGGUGCAAAUGGUUCCGAUGGUAGUGGACAAAGCGGUGAUUCCAAAUGCCAAUGUUAG